AUGAGUCUCCCAGGGAAGAGAUCAGUAAGCGUAGACUACGAGUCUCCCAGGGAAGAGACCGGCAAGCGGAAGAGACCGGCAAGCGUAGACUACGAGUCUCCCAGGGAAGAGACCGGCAAGCGUAGACUACGAGUCUCCCAGGGAAGAGACCGCAAGCGAGACUACGAGUCUCCCAGGGAAGAGACCGCAAGCGAGACUACGAGUCUCCCAGGAAGAGACCGGCAAGCGAGACUACGAGUCUCCCAGGGAAGAGACCGCAAGCGAGACUACGAGUCUCCCAGGGAAGAGACCGCAAGCGAGACUACGAGUCUCCCAGGAAGAGACCGCAAGCCGAGACUACGAGUCUCCCAGGGAAGAGACCGCAAGCGAGACUACGAGUCCCCAGGGAAGAGACCGCAAGCGAGACUACGAGUCUCCCAGGGAAGAGACCGCAAGCGAGACUACGAGUCUCCCAGGGAAGAGACCGCAAGCGAGACUACGAGUCUCCCAGGGAAGAGACCGCAAGCGAGACUACGAGUCUCCCAGGGAAGAGACCGCAAGCGAGACUACGAAGUCUCCCAGGAAGAGACCGCAAGCGAGACUACGAGUCUCCCAGGGAAGAGACCGGCAAGCGUAGACUACGAGUCUCCCAGGGAAGAGACCGCAAGCCGAGACUACGAGUCUCCCAGGAAGAGACCGCAAGCGAGACUACGAGUCUCCCAGGAAGAGACCGCAAGCGAGACUACGAGUCUCCCAGGGAAGAGACCGCAAGCGAGACUACGAGUCUCCCAGGAAGAGACCGCAAGCGAGACUACGAGUCUCCCAGGGAAGAGACCGGCAAGCGUAGACUACGAGUCUCCCAGGGAAGAGACCGCAAGCGAGACUACGAAGUCUCCCAGGAAGAGACCGCAAGCGAGACUACGAGUCUCCCAGGGAAGAGACCGGCAAGCGUAG